CAAAUACGAAUCCCCAUCUAUCUUUAGACCCAGACGAGUACUAUUUUCUCAACAUCCACGCUUAUAACCCUCUGUUUGCAGCCAUAAAGAUCAGCAAAACAGAUGAAGAUUCAGUGCGACGUGUGUAGCAAAGACGAGGCCACCGCCUUCUGCACAGCCGACGAGGCCGCUCUCUGCGAAGCCUGUGACCACCGCGUCCACCACGCCAACAAGCUUGCUUCUAAGCACCAACGCUUUACUCUCCUCCAUCCCUGCUCUUCUGAACAAGUCCCUCUUUGCGAUAUCUGUCAGGAGAAACGAGCUUUCUUGUUUUGUCAACAAGAUAGGGCGAUUCUAUGCAGAGAUUGUGAUGUUCCAAUUCACUCGGCAAACGAACAUACCCAGAAACAUAACAGGUUCCUUCUUACAGGAAUUAAGCUUUCCUCAACAUCUACUAUCUACACAUCAUCCAACGGAUGUGAUUCAAUCCCCGAAUUUAAGUCUCAAUCAUCGAUGAAGAACCCACUCUCGAGUUAUCCAUCUACAACACCACCAACAGUAGCAGCAGCUGCGGUUAACAAAAGCGGCGGAGAAAACAACUUGUUAGCAAGUGAAGGAGAUGGUUCAACAAGUAGCAUAUCUGAGUACUUGAUCGAAAUGCUUCCAGGGUGGCACGUUGAAGAUUUCCUUGAUUCCCCUGGACCUCCCUUUGGUUUCUAUAAGAGUCACGAAGAUGGGAUGCUGUCGUUUUUUGAUACGGAUAGCCAAGAAAGUUUAGGGCUUUGGGUUCCCCGGUCACCAUCUUCACUAUUUCUUCCCCAGUAUUCUUCACAAAGAAGAGGGUCAAUCGGGUUCAAAGAGAUAAAUGAAACCAUAUCUAUGAAGGCUAACAAGAGAUGGACAAAUGAUGCUUUCACAGUUCCACAGAUCAGCCCUCCAGCCGUUGGAUCCAAGAGAUCUAGGCCUCUUUGGUAGAAUCAGAAAAGGACCUCAAGUUCCUGUCUUGUCUUCUUUUUCCCUCGUAUUUUCUUGCUAAGUUGAUUGAAGUUUGAUGUUUCUUUCCCCCCUACUCUAAUAGGGUCGGUUUUGUUUGUUCCAUUUUCUUCCUUCAACGACUUCGUAAAUAUCAAUGGAAAAUUUCAAGUUUUACUAA